UGGUGACAGAGGUGGGGGGUUGGGGAUGGUGUCUUGUGCUGCUAACCUGGUUGUGGUCGCCCUGUGGCUGACGGGCUGUUGCAUUUGGUGCGAUGCGGUGGAGGCCGGGCAGGCUGCAGGUGGCUCAGAGACACAGGCUCUCCUGGAGCACCGGGCCAGUCAGCAGCGAGAUGGUGCUCCGUCCCAGGCGGUUAGUCACAGUGACACAUCUGCGGAAAAUGGAAAGAAAGGAGAUCAGGACAGGAUGUCAAGUAACAUCACAGAACAAAAUAACACACUACAGACCACCUCAGUUACCAUUACUACUACUACUACUCCAAUACUGGUUCCACCAACUCCACCAAAACCUAUAUUGCCUCUGCAGACGGGGGCUGAAGCACAACAAGAAGAACAGUCAAGUGGAAUGACUAUAUUUUUUAGUCUGCUUAUAUUAGCUAUUUGCAUCAUAUUGGUGCGGCUGCUAAUCAAAUAUAAACUGCAUUUUCUGCCAGAAAGUGUGGCAGUUGUGUCAUUAGGGAUCUUAAUGGGAGCUGUGAUUAAAAUUAUUGAAUCACAGCACUGGGCUAACUGGAAGGAGGAAGAAAUGUUUCGACCAAACAUGUUCUUUCUUUUGUUGCUUCCGCCUAUUAUAUUUGAGUCUGGAUACUCAUUACACAAGGGUAACUUUUUCCAAAAUAUUGGAUCCAUUACACUUUUUGCUGUGUUUGGCACAGCAAUAUCCGCUUUCAUUGUAGGUGGUGGGGUUUACUUUCUUGGUAAGGCUGAAGUUAUCUAUAAGCUCACAGUGACAGACAGUUUUGCCUUUGGUUCCCUAAUAUCUGCUGUUGACCCAGUCGCUACAAUUGCCAUUUUUAAUGCUCUGAAUGUGGAUCCUGUUCUGAACAUGUUAGUAUUUGGAGAGAGUAUCCUUAAUGAUGCAGUUUCCAUAGUCCUUACAAACACGGCAGAAGGCUUAGCCAGAGCGAAUGCACCAGAUGUGAGUGGAUGGCAAACCUUCCUACAAGCAUUGGGCUACUUCCUCAAGAUGUUUUUUGGAUCUGCAGCACUUGGAACGCUCACUGGUCUCAUCUCUGCAUUGCUAUUAAAGCACAUAGACCUCAGAAAGACACCGUCACUUGAGUUUGGAAUGAUGAUAAUCUUUGCCUAUCUUCCUUAUGGGCUUGCAGAAGGUAUAAAGUUGUCUGGAAUCAUGGCUAUUCUGUUUUCUGGCAUUGUGAUGUCGCAUUAUGCUCACCAUAACCUCUCACCAGUUACUCAAAUCCUAAUGCAGCAGACACUGCGAACUGUUGCUUUUAUGUGUGAGACUUGUGUUUUUGCUUACAUUGGAUUGGCAAUAUUCAGUUUUCCUCACAAGUUUGAGAUCUCCUUUGUUAUCUGGUGUAUUGUUCUUGUCUUAUUUGGCAGAGCAGUGAAUAUCUUUCCCCUGUCCUACCUUCUGAACUUCUUUCGAGAUCAUAAAAUUACCCCCAAAAUGAUGUUUGUUAUGUGGUUUAGUGGUCUGCGUGGUGCCAUUCCUUAUGCUUUGAGCCUACAUUUGGAGAUGGAGCCAAUAGAGAAGCGUCAACUUAUUGGAACAACCACAAUAGUCAUUGUGCUUUUCACAAUUCUGGUUUUGGGUGGAGGAACAAUGCCUCUCAUCAGGUUGAUGGAUAUAGAAGACUCCAAAACACGUAGAAGAAACAAGAAAGAUAUUACCCUCAGCAAAACUGAGAAGAUGGGAAAUACGGUUGAAUCUGAACAUUUAUCAGAACUCACUGAGGAAGAAUAUGAAGCACAAUACAUCAAGCGGCAUGAUCUCAAAGGCUUCAUGUGGCUGGAUGCAAAAUAUUUGAAUCCUUUCUUUACACGAAGACUUACUCCAGAGGACCUCCACCAUGGCCGAAUACAGAUGAAAACACUAACCAACAAGUGGUAUGAGGAGGUGCGCCAGGGACCAUCGGGUUCUGAAGAUGAUGAACAGGAGCUGCUCUAGCAUAUGAAAUGAUUAAAUAUCUGGGCUUUACUCCAGACUUUGCACACUAUAUCAAGUUUAAUAAAGAUUCAGGAGAAGGGCUGGCACCAAUAUGAUUCAAUUACACAACGUUGCAUUCUGAGCCUCUUAAAGUGUACCUCGUGCCAUCUGUUGGCUGUUCUAAUUUUUUUAAAGGCGAAUACUGUAAAUCUGUUCACUUAAUUCUUCUACAUAAUAUUUUGCAUGUUUAGAUUGCUACUAUGAAGGUGAGCAGUUAAUGCUAAUCUGAGAAAUAUUUAUUAAAAAAAACUAAAUGUAAAUUAACAUUUAUAUCACAAGUGGAUAUGCACUUUAUUGUAAAUAAGAUCAGUUUUACACUAUCCCCAUUUUCCUUAAGCAUUCUGAUCCUGCAGCAUUUUGAUCGGUUCACAUAGCUGCUAAAUAAGAAAUCCUGCUGCUUUUCCCCCCCUGCUGUUAGAAAAAUUUACUUGCUCUUUACUUUGUAACUUAUCUCAACACUUACUUGUCAAAUUGCAGAUGCAGUCAGGAUACUUUAAUGUAAAUUUCACCACUAGUAGGUGUUCAAAUCCACUUCUCCCAGAUUUUGAUGAGUUAUGUUUGCUACAUCACUGUAUUGUCCACAAACUUUUUGUCUGGGGCAUCAGUAUGGUCAAAUAAAUCGCACUUACAAAGGGAUUUUCCAUUCAGUAAUGAAUGAUUUUAAACUAAAAUAUUUGAGCCAUUGCAGAUUUAAUCAUACCACUGGGGUAUGUACUUUGUGGCCUUCAAAUGUCCAGACCAAACUGACUUUAACUUGUGUUUCCUUGUGAACAAUUCAACCUUUGUAACUCUAAAGGGAUGCAGUUAGCUAUUCAGCAAAAUCAUUGUGUGUUACAAGGAAAACAUCCUCUUCUUUAUAAAAUAGUGUAUGAUUUGAUUUAAGAGUAAUCCUGUGGAGGAGUUAUUAUAUUUUUGCUGUGUCUAAUGUACAUCAAUUGUCCACCAAAUUGUUACACAUUUGUCAAAAUUCAAUUUUUUACAAAAAAAGGAGCAGGGAUAAGAAUGCUUCCUCCCCUUAUCGAAUUCUGACCUGGAGACAGACUUUUAUAAGUAGUUCUGUUUCAACCUGAUACCAGAGGUUAACAGCCAGAAAAUUAGACUACAAUUUUAAAGGCAUAGUCCCCAAGAUAGCAACUAAACAUCACAAUCCUGCUCAAAAAAAAAUGACCAAUCCACAGUGUCUGAGUGAUGUGUAUGAAAAUGAACUUGUUUCUAGAUUCAAUAAGAUCAUGGUUGAUCUGAUUAUGGCCUUAAUUUCACUUUUCAGCCUCCCCUACCCCCUCACUAAUCCUUGGCGAACAGAAAUCUGUCUAAUUCAGCCUUAAAAAAAAAUUAACGAUCCAGCUUCCACAGCUAUUUAGGGGUGGAACUCCAAAGGUUACCAGCUCUUUGAGAGGUGAAAAUCCUCCUAAGCUCUUAGAUGGGAUAUCCCUUCUUUUGAAACUGCUAUAUAUGAAGCAAGACUUUAUAUCAACCUGAUUAAGCCCCCUCAAAUUUUUCAAUAAGAUCACCUCUCAAUUUUUAAAAUGCAAUUUAGUAUUGAUCUAACCUGCCCAACAGUUGCUCUUAAGGCAAUUCCAUAAUCCCCAGAAUCCAUUUAAUAAAACUUCUCUGAACUCCUCAAAUGCAAUUUUAUAUUUCCUUAAGUAAAGAGAUCAAUUCCAUAUAAAGUACUCCAGCUAUCAUCUCAGCAGUGCCCUGACCAGCUAUAGUAAGAUUUUGCUACCUUUGUACUGUCUCCCUAACAAUAAAGGCAGUUCCUUUUGCCUUCCUAAUAACUUGAACUGUACCUAUGUGCUAACUUUGUGAAUCAUUUACAAGGCAUCAGGCUCUUUCUUUUGGCAACAUUCUGCUGUCUGCCUGCAUUUAAGUAAUGUUAUGUUAUAAAUAAUAGCAGUGUAUGUAAAUUUGUAUUGCAUGAGGAAGAGUGAAUGGUUGGCAAAUGGGCUCGGAUUGCCCAAGAGUUUGCCAUAGAGAUCACACCAAGGAACAGUAAGUCCAGAGCUUUUAAAUUUAAAUUGAAUUAAAAAGGGAGCAAGCUGACCUGGUUGAGACAUUUGAUGAGGAAUGCUCUGCAUAACAAUAUACCCCAAACUUUAAUUGAAAAUGCACAAUAUGGACAAAUUCAGUUUUCCUGCAAAGAACCAUCGCCUGCAUAUGAAUGUAUGUAGCUUCCAGCAAGCUCUAAUGAACCACAUUGCAAGACCAACUGACAAUCUUCCAACUAUUAUUGAAAUUUUAGAUUUCAGUUGCUAGCUUUUUCAGCAGCAGUUAUAUUUUUGAGUGGCCUUAAUGCAAGUUUUAUGGUUAGCCUAAAGAUGAUGAAAUGUUGAUUGGCAGAAGCUGACACUGUAAUGGUAUCCAUCUUUUAUUAUUCAAGCUUGAGAUAGAAAUAUGUGAAAAUAAACAUUGCAAAGCCCACUUGUUCAAAUUAAACAUGCAUCAAAUAUUGUAUUUUGAGUAGUAUAUAAGAGCGGGCAGAACUUCAAACUUUUCUAAAAAAAAAGUUCUCUAUCUGCUAUUUUGACUAAUUCUAGAAUACCAGUGACAUGUCCAAGGAAAUAAGGUAUUCUACCAGAAAAAAAGCUAAUAAAAGAGAAAAGCUUAGUCCAUGCGCUAUAUUCUCAUUACAUUGAACACAUAGAUAAGUUACAUACUUAAUUUCAAUUAUUUGUCUUUGACCUUCACCGGUUUUUAACCACAACUCCAAGUCAUUGUAUUUCUUGUAGAACCAACCAGCUUUUAGCAUUGUCUUUUAAGUUGGUUCAAACAUGGCAUUUGAAAUAUUUAGUGUUCUUUCAAUUGACGUUACAAAUUCAUGAAAAUAAGGACAAUUAAAAUUCCUUUCAGUUAUUGUAAAUUUUAACAAUUUCAAAAUGUAGGCUGCAUUGCAACGGAGUUAUUGGAAGUUAUUUCUCUUGUACUGCUAACUCAGACAUAUAUGUUUCAAGAAAUGCCCAUUAUCUUUGACGUAAUUUAAUAGAUGGGAAGUUGUUUGGAAAAUGU